GCAACGGAACAAUGCUACAUGACCACUGCAAACAGGAGCUCCAGGCCGCCUCCAAUGGUGCCGACGCCGACUGCCCCCCCUCGCCUCCCCGCACGGCACCGCCCACCACCAAGUCAGCCCAUUUCUUUGACAUGAUGGACAAGAUGGAGGUAAGUGGAAUUUUAGUCAUGUGACACGAUUUCCUGGCUCUUUGUUGUUAGGCAGAAUUUUUGGAGCACAAUCAUGUCCACAAUUGAUUCUUUAUUGAAUAUAAACUCGACAGAUCGCUGAACAGUAAUUCUCCCCAUUCAUUGUUUGCUGUUCACAAAUUCACCUAUUGUUUUUUUUUUUUAAUGUAUCCUGUUAUUUACUGGAAAACUACCCUAUCAGCAUUUUUUGUGUUGUUGUUUUUGUUUUUGUUUUUUUUGUAACACUCUAAGAUAUGGUGCCAAAGCCCUGUGUAAAUAGGAAUUGGUAUCAAGGAAGUACGUUGAAUUGGUACGUCUCAACUUAGAGACAAGCUUUGUAUGUCAGUUAGGGGCUAAGUUUAGCCUGGGUUGUUACUGAAAGAUAGGGAGAGUCUUUGCCACAUUUGCAUGUACACAUGCAUUUUUUCCAAAAUCAAAUAAUCUUUAAACCAUUUGAUUUUAAGAGUGAUGUUGUUAAAUGAAUUUAAAAUUAUUUUGAAGUCUUUUAGAAUCCUAGUUUGCGAUAUAUUCACGUUUAAAAAUAAUUAAUAUAGGCAAUUGUAAACUACUGGGGGGCAUCAAUUACUGGCGUUCUUUGUUAUUCUUGUGGCAUUUUGGUACCAAGGAACUAUGUUGAAAUGAGUUGAAUAGGUUCAUUUAUACAAGAGUAGUACUUUGCCACCAUCUUGUGGCAUAUAAAGACAAUUAUAAACAUUUUGUGGGGGCACUUUUGUUGUGGCAUCUUGGUACCAAGGAACUAUGUUGAAGUGAGUUGAAGAGUUUAAUUUCAGCAAAAGCUUUGCUGUCAUCUUGUGGCAUAUGAAGACAAUUACAAAUGAUUUUAUGGGGGUAUCAAUUACUUGCCAUUUUUCACUUUUCUUGUGGCGUCUUGGUGCCAAGAAAGUAUGUGGAAGUGAGUUGAAGAGUUUCAUUUCAACAAAAGUAGUGCUUUGCCACCAUCCUUUGGCAUAUAUAGACAAUUUAAAUUUUUUUUAGGGGGGUAUUAAUUACUCGGAGUGUUUCACUGUUUGCGGGAGAGCUCGAUGACUUUACUUUUCCAAUCCCAUGAGAGAAAUAAUUUCCAACACAUCCCACACUUUAAUAAAAUAUACGGUAGAUCAAAUGUGAUCUUAAGGACCAAUAAGCAAUAAUGUCAUGGCAUCGUCUUUAAGCACGUACUUAAGUGUUCAAUCAUAUUGCUCUAAAUUCGAACUGGGCUUAUUUCUAUAUAAACCAUAUGCCUCAAUAUAUUAAUUUGUUUGGGCCUUUGGCUUAGUGACAAAAUAUUUUAACACACACAUACACACACUUUGUAGUGGAUAAAUAUGUCACCCUUUGCCGUUUUCGGUGAAUAGUCUACCAUGGCCAAACAAAAAACAGUGUCAGUUUUUAUUUUUUAAUUCUAAUUAGCUCACCAUUGUAAAAAAAAAAAAAAAGAAAGAAAGCGAUAAACAGCAGCAAGAUUUGACUAAAAAAAGCUGUCGUCUGUGAUGCAGCAGGUUCCGGAAGCUGCUGAGAUGAAGGCCGUCCCUCCGAGGCGGAAGGAUGACUACAUCCCUUAUCCAAGGAUUGAGGAGGUAUUGGAGAAGGGAGGGCCGUACCCCCAGGUCAUCCUCCCCCAGUUUGGAGGUUACUGGAUCGAGGAACCUCCCCCCCCUGCGCCUCCUCCCGUCACCCAGGAGGCCAGCGGGGUUGAAGAACGAGGAGGAGGAGGAAGAGAGGCCCAGGAUAAUGCAGACUGUGGAUAUCGCCUGGAGGAGACCAACGAGACUGCUCGGGCGUACAGGAAGUACUUCUUGGGCAAGGAGCAUUUAAACUUCUUUUGCCCAUCCAGCAGUGUAGGAAAUGUGCUGUUGUCUGUAAGGCAUGAAGAGGUGAAUCAGCAGGAACACAUCCACGUCAUCAUCAGGUCCCGAGUGAAGACAAUCUAUCAGCGACUGUCAGUGACGGAACUGCCUGAUAUUCCAAGUGUACAAGAGCUGGCAAAGCUGCUGUGUGACGACGCAGCCGGUCUCCGUUUCAGUCCCGUCCUCUACCCGAAGGCAUCUCAGCUGAUUGUCAACUACGACGAGCAUGAAGUGAACAGCACGUUCAAGUUUGGAGUCAUUUUUCAGCACUUUGGCCAGGUAUCCGAGGAGGAGCUGUUCAGGAACAAUGAGGAAACGCCGGCGUUCCAAGAGUUCCUGCAGCUGCUUGGCGACACUGUGGAGCUGCAGGACUUUAAAGGGUUUCGGGGAGGUCUGGACGUGUCCCAUGGCCAGACUGGUUCUCAAUCUGUAUACACGGUCCAUAGACAGCAGGAAAUAAUGUUCCACGUCUCAACCAAGCUGCCCUUCACUGAGGGAGACACCCAGCAGCUCCAAAGGAAGCGUCACAUAGGGAACGACAUCGUAGCCGUGGUGUUCCAGGAGGAGGCCACCCCCUUUGUACCAGAUAUGAUCGCCUCCAACUUUUUACACGCCUUUGUUCUAGUGCAGGUGGAGGAUCCCUGCUCGGAGAGCACCAUCUACAAGGUGUCUGUUACAGCGCGAGAGGACGUACCGCCGUUUGGCCCGCCUCUUCCAAAUCCAGCUGUUUUUAAGAAGGGUCCAGAGUUUCGGGAGUUUCUCCUCACUAAGAUCAUCAAUGCAGAGCUGGCCUGUUACAAGAGCAUCCGCUUUGCCCGACUGGAGGAGCGGACCAGGGCUGCCCUGCUGGACACCCUCCAGGACGAGUUGCAGAGUGGCUCCCAGAGAAUGCUGGGAUUGACGUCGACUCUCGAUGAGGAGCCGCGGGCUGAAAAUGGACAUGCUCAUGGAGGUCUGCUCGAAUCCAUCAAGAGGGCCAUGCGAGGACGAAGCGUCUCCAUGGAGACAAUGUCAAGGGGUGGCGGGGGGCUGCCCACCAGUUUGAGUGGUGGGGGAUUGGCACAUAUCAGUGCUGAGUGUAAUGUAAAAUCUCCAGUGAAACGACGAUCGGGUCUCUUCCCUCGAUUGUUGAGUAUUGACAGCCAAACAGAGAAGCACAGCCAGAGAAGUUUCCUUGGUGACCAGAGGAGCUUUGACAGUUCCCAGCCGAUGUUGGAGGUGAAGUCAGAGUUGCCAUCCAAUCCUGGCUCUCCGGAGGUGGGGCAACGAGACAGAAUUUGCAUGAAGAAGGACAGCAGUAAAAUUUCCAGAUCCACUUCCAGCACGUGCAGCUUCAGUCUCCCUGCAGAUGAUACGCACCUGCUUGUCCCUGCUGUGACACGAGAGAGUCAAGGUUCAAGUCCGCUCACCGUCUGUCGAAGCCCCACAGAAACGAAAAACAAAAACUCCCCACGAUCCAACCUCAAGUUUCGUUUCGACAAGUUGAGUCACUCUGCCGCACUGGGACACUAGACUGCAAAGACAAGGAAAAGUUGUCAGAGUCUCGAGUGUGUUCAUCUGCCAGAACACCAGCCGGUGUCACUGAUGAGGAUGAAGAGUCAGCACCGAGACUUGUGCAACGUGGCUUCCGUCAUUCCCAACUGGUCUCUCCAUGACUUAUGAUUAUGAUCGGUUCGCACAUUGUAAUUCCGCCCCAUGAGAAUGGCGAAUGAAUGUGUCAGUUAAGUGAAAAUAACUCCAAUGAUGUCACAGCGCCACCAGCGAUUUAGCAACACUGGCUGGAAGGCGAGUAACUGUUUACCAAGGGGAGAGGCUCAUGCAAGGACACCAUCCAACUGAAUCAUGGGAAAUGUAGAAGAUUUUGAUGCCAAGAUGAGCUAAUUCCAUCUUUUUGCUCUUCGUUAAGGUCUUUCCCAUUUGGUUUUCAAAUAAAUCUUACAGUAUUCCCCAAUUUCUGCAGUGUCAGCACCUUAGAAUCUGAUGUGAUCAGUUUAAGUGAAAAGUCUGUUCUAACACUUAAAUCGGCGAGAGCAGUAAAACUGCCAUAGAUGUACUCUAUGCAUUCAAUUAAAUAAUCAGGGAUACAACCGAAUGAGGGUGUACACUGAAAAAUGUAUUUUUGUGUGGAAUAUAAUUGACUAAAAAUGAUAUGCAGCACUUUCCCCUGCAAUAAUAUUCCAUAUUUUUGUCACUCAUAAAUGAAAUAUACAGUAAUUCCUGGAACAAGAGUUGUAAUCACACAUUUUAACAAAAUACAUUUCCACACCUACCUAGAGUUACAUAGUUACAUUCAACAUGUAUCCAUUUAUUUUGAAUUGGCUUGUUUGACACUUUGUUGCACCUUGUGCAAGUUGAACUACCAUUUGAAGCAAAAACCCAAAAAGUGAUAGAAAAUGUCGCACUACAAGAACGAGUCUGAUUAUUUUCAAAGGUGUACAGUAUAUACCAGGGCUUCUCAAACUUUUUGGGUCCAGGGAUCCCUUACAGGGGAUUAAUUUUUUCCCGCCAAGAACCCCCACAUAAUGCUGACUCAAAUGAAAUUCAACAAACGUGCAUCCCUAAAUGCCAUAAGGAACAUUUCAACCUCAAUAUUCAUAAGACGUUUAAAAGAAAGGAAUUUAACCAAAUUAGAUUGAAUUCAAUUCCCUGUGUUUAGGUAUGACAAGAACGGAGCCUGGUGGAAGUCACUCAAAGAGUCAAUCACGUUGAAAAUUGCCAAAGACAUGCUACCCAUUUAUAGAUUGCAAAAGCAGUGACUGACGCAACAUUUGACCCGAGGUAUGUGCUGCCAUGCCGCAAAUACUUUUCCGAGCUCGUCUUGCUUCACCUGUAAAACUCUACAUAAGAAAAUAGUGUGAGAGAGCUAAAUAAAGUGCACACAUACAGGGAUUACAAUCAUAUCGGAGCUUUUAAUUGGUAGGAAGUGGUAAUUGUUUAGGAUAUUUGUUUUAUUGGCAUACCAGUCCCCAUAGGUAGAGGUAUCCACGUCUUAAAAUGACACGACAUAAAUGUAUUGCUAAAUACUUUUUGGGGUACCCUGACCACACAGCAUGGAGAACAGAGUACCCCAGUUUGACAACCACUGAUUUAAACAUAAACAUUUUACAAAACUGCACUGUUUUUGCACUGAAAGCACAACAUUCCUUAUAUAUUACUUUCCUGCAUCCUCGCCCAUGCAUUCCUGUGUAUCAAGAGGAUGAUCAAAUGUAGCAUGUUUGUUUCUGUCCCGUGUCCCUUCAAGCUGAUCGAGAUUAUCAUUUGUGUUUCUUUCAAGGAAAAUCUUCGUUUGUUUCCAUGAAUCCGAAAUGCACUGUAAAAAGUAAAAUGUAAAAUAGCUACACUUCAAGGCAAAAACCUUCAAUAAAGUUCCUUUGAAAUGUG